AUGGCGAUCGGUCUGGAAGAAUUAUUAAGUCGGUUUUGGUCCUGUGAGGAGAUUGGGUCUUCCACAAAUUAUUCUCCGGAAGAGUUACGCUGCGAGGAGCAGUUUGCUCAAACUGUGGAACGAGGAUCCGAUGGUCGGUACACAGUUUCCCUACCCAAGGUUGAAGGCGCAUUGGCAAAGAUUGAACGUAGGUUACUGAAAGACGUAGAGCUGCGGCAGCAAUACGAUCAGUUUAUUGAGGAAUACCUACAACUGGGACAUAUGCGUAAGGUAGAAGCGCGUUCCCUAAAGCAAGUAACUCGCUGCUAUUUACCACAUCAUCCGGUGGUUAAGCAAGAGAGUACUACUACUAAGGUCAGGGUAGUAUUCGACGCGUCUUGUAAAACGGCAACCGGAGUGUCGCUAAAUGAUGUACUGACGGGGCCGGUAGUACAGGAGGAUCUUCGAUCGAUUAUUUUGCGGAGUCGAACGAAGCAAUUCAUGUUAGUUUCUGAUGUCGAGAAAAUGUUCAGGCAAAUUGAAAUUAACGCAGCGGACAGGCCGCUUCAAAGCAUCUUAUGGCGUACAGAUAGCAGCAAGAAAGCCGAAACCUAUGAGCUAACCACGGUGACGUACGGGACCAGGCCCGCACCGUUUCUAGCAACCAGGACUCUCAAACAACUCGCUAUGGAUGAGCGAACACAUUUUCCUCUCGCAGCAAGGGAUGUGGAGCAAGACGUGUAUAUGGACGACGUUUUGACUGGGGUCGAUAAUGAGGAAACAGCAUUAAAUUUAAGAAUGCAGUUAGAGGAAAUGCUACAGAAAGGCGGUUUCCGAUUGAGGAAAUGGGCCUCAAAUUGUCCCUCAGCCUUGCAAGGCAUGUCAGAGGACAAUCUAGCACUGAUAAAAACUGAAGGAUACCAAUUAGAUCCCGAUCCAGCGGUGAGAACGUUAGGGCUCAUCUGGCAUCCAAACACGGACGUUUUAAAAUUUCGGUUCAAGAUACCCGAUCUAAUUGAAGGCGAAACAUUAACUAAACGAAAGGUCCUAUCGAUCCAUGCUACACUUUUUGAUCCGCUUGGCUUGAUUGGAGCGGUGAUAACAACUGCUAAGGUGUUUAUGCAGUUGCUGUGGUGCUUGAAGGAUGAAAAGGAUAACCGAUUGGGGUGGGAUCACCCCCUACCAAUGAAAGUUCAAGGUGAUUGGAGAUAUUUUCACGGUCAGCCACUAUCGUUGAACGAGCUGGUGAUAAGUCGUUGUGUGAUUCGACCAAAAGCAGUUUCUUUGGAGCUGCACGUGUUUUCAGACGCGUUCAAGCGUGCGUAUGGAGCGUGUGCGUAUGUAAGAAGUAUAGAUACAGGAGCAAAUGUUUCAGUCGCACUACUCACUUCCAAAUCUAAGGUGGCACCGCUGCAAUGCCAAUCCAUACCAAGGUUGGAAUUGUGCGGGGCACGCAUGGCGGCAGAACUGUCGAACCAAGUGGUUGAGGCUAUAAAAAUGGACGUGGAAAUGACCUUUUGGACGGAUUCCACCUGCGUCCUACAAUAG